AUGAUAAGCAACGAACUGCACUACCUCAAGUACAUCGUGGGAGAUAUCUUUGGACAAUGCUGCAGCGAGAUCGUGGAGCUGAUUCUGCUGUAUGGAAAUAAAUUGACAAUUAAUGAAAUUAUAAAUUUUUCGAAUUACGAGUUUAGUAUCGUGAGGAAUAUUUUACUUUGCUUGCUCAUCCACAACAUCGUUGACAUCCGGAUUAUUUAUGGCAAGUCGCAUGAAUGCAGUCACGCGACAUCUGAGGGGAAGAGGGUGGGUCUUCUGCCGGACGAAAGGGGGGAACGCCGUGGCAGAGCGCCGGUGGAAGAAGCGAUAGAGGUGGUACAACAGUUGGGCUCGACAGCACCGAUAGAAGCAGGCAAAGGUGACGAAGCUGGAGAAAUAGUCAACGUAGCUGGCGAAGUAGUCCACGCAGGUGAAGCAGAGGAAGAGGGGGCACCUCAAAAUGGCCCCCCUACGGGCGAUGCCGAUGAUGACGCAGAGGGUGACGCAGAGAACGACGCAGAGGACGACCAAGCCAUGGAGGAACGACGCAGCAAAACCAACCUGAGAGAAGAAAUGCGCUUCUUGACGUACCACGGAAGCUACAAGUAUAUGAAGGGCUGUAGCUGCGCCUCCUGCAUUUGCAAAAUUAAGAGAGUGGAGUACUGGGUCGUCGUUAAUAAUAUCUACGCCCUUGUUAGAUAUUCCUCCAUAUUUUACUACAUGCACCCGACUCGCGUUAAAAGUGGAGGCACUGAUGACAUGUCAGAGUACCACCACGUAUGUGGCACCUCCUCUGCGGUUGACUCAAUCCCUACCGCUGCUACAGCAACGCACAGUAUUAUGAGUUACAACUUCUUCACAUCAGACAUGAUACACGAUAAUAACAGUAGUACUGUCCAAGAAGAGGAGGAAAACAGUGCCGAGGAGACAUCAUCCAAAAGAGAUAUUAUAAACUUCAUCGAAAAGGUUAUCCUCUUAAGAGUAAUUAAAAAUGGAAGAAUCACAAUCGACGCGUGUGUAAAAAAUCUGAAGCAAGACGAUUACGUAGAAGUGUGUAAAAAGGAAAUCCCAAAUAUAAAGAAAAAAAAACUAAAAUUAAUUUUUUUGCAAUUUAAUGAUCGUACCAGCAAGUAUGAUCAGUCGAUAAAUUACAUUAACGCGAGAGUGGACCCCUCACCGUACGCGAAUAACUAUGCUGCUGUAUAUCACCCCAAUCGAAACAACCACGUGGGUAUGAACAGAGUGGAGGCAAAUGCUCAAAGGACGAACUCAGCCAUUUAUAGCAAGGGUAAAACGCGCACUGCUCAUACGGCUCACCCCAACCACCAAGGAUGGAACCGAACAAACAGCCUUUUAAACUCCACGCAGUUUGACAGGAAUAACCAACAACACUCCAACGAGUCGUUCAACAGUUCCAAUGACAGCUUCCUCUUCUCUGCAGUCGACAAUGUGAAUAGCAUGAGCGGAUACAAUCCUGUAACGAACGCCUACCCAAAUGACAGCAACAAACAGGGAGCGAAAAUUACGAGAGAUGUACUAGGUAUGGUUGAAAAUGCGAAACGGAGAAAGACAACGGAGAAUGAACCAGGGGAAAAAUAUAAUUGUAGAAAUUUUACCAAUAACGAUUCCUUUGAUGGAAAUUUAUUCUCCAUGAGUGGAGAGAGGAACAGAAGUUUGGACCCCCUCGGUAGUAGUAGCUACCUGAACGAGGAUAAUAACAGCAUCAUAAGUAGUGCUUACCCAGGGGGGAGUUCCUAUUUAGGGACUAACUCAUACCCGGGGGGAGGAAGUUCCUAUCCCAGGAGCAGCACCCCCUUUGAUCGCUCCAACACCAUGAAUGUCCAAGCGACAGACAGGAAGAAUCACACACCGAUGAAUAGAGAAAACCAGUAUGAAUAUUUCGACCCCAGGGAAAACACAACGGACAGGUAUACAAAUAAGGAUAACAUGCAAAAUGACCUCUUGGACUAUCUGGAUAACCGAUUUACAUACUUCCAAGCAAACAACGAAGUGCUGACCAUCCUCUACCUAAAGCAAGAGUGUUUUAACUUCAUAACGCACUAUUACAAUUUUAACGAAGUCGAAAAAGGCAUCUUUUUUUUUUUAUUAAAAAAUGUUCAACUCAGUUACUGCGUUGAAGAAAAUAAUUAUAAACACACACCCUCAUUUUGUACCUUUGAAAAUGUGGAAAAAUAUGUAAUAGCCAAUUUAAAAAAAAAAAAUAUAUAUAUGGACAGAAAUGUCGUUUUACAAAAUUUAAACAACUUAAUCAAAUAUCCAGACCAGUUGGUAAAAACACAAUGUAAUGAAAUGAUAACAUAUGCUGCUGAUUUUUCCAAUAUUAAAAAUAUUUACAAAAAUAAAAUUACAACAAAUAUUAUAGAAAAUAUGAACGGGUCAGGCGCUUUACGCAUUUGGAAUUUUCUCAUAGCCACACCUGAACAAAAAGUUAAUGAUGAGGUGAUAAGUGAAAAUGUCUUAAUCCCACUAAAUGAUGUAAGAAAAAAAUUAUAUAAUUUGCUGUACCAUGGGUACAUCAAAUGUCAUGAGUGUAACAACAGUAACGUUAACAAAACAUACAUUAAGCACUCCUUGUCCUUCUCUACCAACGUGUAUUACACAACUAAUAAGAUAAAGGAGAAUUUAUUUACGAUCGCCAAAAAUAUUUACAUACGGAAGCUUCACGAGAAUAAUGAAAUAAACACGCUCCACAAUAAGUCCAACAUUUGUGCGAACGAGGUUGGCAAGGACCCCCCGCCAGACCUGCGUACUAGCCAGGGACCCCCCUCCGGACAUAACGUAUCUACCAAUCAGAGCUCCAACACAGCGAGCAAAAGCCAUCAGAAUAAAAAAAAAAUCAGCUUGACGUCGCGCGAGUAUGCCGUGGACUACCUAGAGAUAAGCUUAAUUAACCUCGACAAAUUAAUUUUUAUAUUUAACUCGUAG